UCACAAUUGUUCAAAGUCGCAAGGUUAAAAUAAGGCACAUGCUCGGUAAGGAGAUUAAGACUUUGUACAUAAUCGCGUUUCUGCAAUACACGACCUUCUGCCAAACGCAACAUGGCGCUACGUACCUAGGAAAAAGAAUCCCGCGGAUUAUGCCACACCGGAAAACAUAGCUCAUCAUUUGUGGUGGAAAGGAUCCAGCUGGCUGUCAGACGUAAAAUCAUCCUGGCCCUCACUCCGUUCUGAACCUGCAUCGGCCCAAAACGUUAACUUAGAAGAAGGACCAAGGAAUAUCCUCGUUACAAUCGUUCGAUCAGGUGCCUACUGGAAAUUGCUGGCCAAAUAUUCCACUCUCACGAAGCUGAUACGAGUCACGGCACUCUGCCGCAGGUUCAUCUCGUACCUACGUAGAGUGUCGCAAUCAUCGCCGAUCGAGCAUCCACUAACACCUGUGGAGCUCGAGCUAAGCCGCACUUUCUGAAUACAAAUGGUACAACGAGCUUGAUUUGGCUAUGAGAUCGGAAUCAUCUCUAAGGGAGAGCAGCUGCCGAAAUCCAAUCCAAUGGUACGACUCAUCCCAUUCCUUGAUCGAGAGGGAUUGCUCCGAGUCGGAGGGCGUUUACAUAAUGCCCGAAUCGAUUCGGAGAUCAAGCAUCCGUAUAUCUUACCAAGGAGAUCGCCCCUCAGCAAGCUGGUAAUAGAUGAUGCUCACAGGAGAAUGCUCCAUGGGGGUACACAAGUCACGUUGGCCUUUAUACGAAGAAUUAGUUCUGGAUCAUCGGCGGAAGAGCGCCGAUCAGAUCUUAGAUUCUGAGAUGCGGACGGUAUGCUCGCUAUCGAGGGAUCCGGGCGCAGCAGCUAAUGGGCCAGCUACUGCUCGAGUGGCACCGGCUCGGUCCUUUUACAACUCGGGCCUUGAUUAUGCAGGUCCAGUCACCUUGAAGACUUGGAAAGGGCGGGUGGCACGAACAUACAAAGGCUAUCUGGCUAUAUUCGUAUGCCUCGCUACAUCAGCCGUUCAUAUAAAAGUAGUCACGGAUUACACGACUGAUGCCUUCAUUGCCGCCUACAAAAGAUUCACGAGCAGAAGAGGCAUAUGCGCCUCAUUGCAAAGUGACUGCUGAACGAAUUUUGUGGGAGCUGAUGCAGUGUUAAGACGACAAUUUAAGACAUCCUCCAAGGAACUACGACAUCUCGCAUCCCUGCUCGCCAAUGACCACACUAUAUGGAGGUUCAAUCCCCCAGCAGCUCCUCACUUCGGAGGAAAGUGGGAGGUGGUCGUAAAAUCAACUAAAUAUCACUUGCAACGAGUGUUAAAGGAGACUGUAUUGAUCUAUGAGGAAAUGACAACCAUCAAUGCAGAUAGAAGCGGUCUUAAACUCAAGACCAUUAUGCCCGCUAUCAGAUGACGCGACUAACUAUAGCGCUCUGACUCCUGGGCAUUUCCUUAUAGGGGAAGCGCCCACUGCUAUUCCAGAAUCUGCUCUAUUAGACGAGAAAACUUCAAGGCUCUCACGAUGGCAACUGCUUAGACAAAAGGUAGACCAUUUUUGGACAAGGUGGUCCUUCGAGUGUUUACAGCGCUACCAAGCAGUAUCAAAGUGGCAUCAUCCUUCAAACGACAUAAAGGAAGGAACAAUGUUCCUCAUCGCCGAUGAACGCUAUCCGCCAGGAAAAUGGCUCCUCGCUCGAGUAACACAUCUCCAUCCAGGACCUGACGGGUUAACAAGAGUUAUUACCGUGAGAACGGCUACGAGUGUCAAUCAUACACUAUGGACACAUGGCCGGAAUUUGCCCUAACAUUGGAAAAGGCCCACUAUGUUAUAAAUGUCGGAAAUUUGGGCACAAGGCUCCCAGAAUGUACCAGUCAAGUUGAAUUCAUGUCAAGUACGUCGGGGGGCAGAUGCAGAGGAUCUAAUGGAAAGUAGACAUACACAUUUCUCGAAAAGAGGUCGAUUCAGGAGUGCGAAAGGUUCGGGUAGUUAUAAAAACAAUAACAAUAAGGGCAAUGGUGGAAAAGUUAACGAAAGAAGAAAAAUCCUAGCCAAUCAUCGGAUCAACAAAAUCAAAACAAAGGCUCCAAGGCCCGUUCAUUUCACGAUUUGCCACCAGAAGUCUCCAUGGUAUCUUUAAACCGAAGCUGAGAGAGAAAGAGAGAAAGAGAGAGAGAGAGAGAGAGAGAGAGAGAGAGGAUGCCGCCAUGUCUUGGGAUCCGCUUAUGAUUUCUCGGUGAAAACUAUGUACAAGAGAGACGAGAAACAUGUAUCGUAAAGUAUCCGGACGACGAUGCUAAUUUAUUACUUGCGAAAGACAGACACCAAGCCAAGUGACUCGACUCCGAAGUGGAUCAAUCCGACAUCUGUCAUCGAGCUGUCAAUCGUAAGGUGGAUUCUUCGACAGAGGUUAUAGGCGCCCAAUUAUAGCAUAUCGUCGAUAUUCCAAACACUAUGAGGAAUUUCUACGAGGGAGCGAGGGUGAGCGUCGCGUGUCUACACAAAUGUCAACUGUGCCCAUCAGCUGUUCCGCCCCGACGACUCUCGCUCGCGCGCCCGCACCUUUUGACGUUUCGUUUGACAGAUUGUCACCUGGACGUGGGGAGCAUAUGGAGGAGAUUUUAACGAUACAUCGCGGGUAUACACGGCGUUAUGCGUGAUUACUCAUCCUUGACUAGGCGUUGCACGCAAAAGGAUUUUCAAGGACGCAGAGAGAUUAUUCCAUAUUUUCAAGCAUCAUCGAACAGGGUACAAACUCUCGAGACUAACGGUAGUCCGAGUAGAAUAGUCAAAGUUAGCGCAAAAAACUUCCUAGGACAGAUUUAUAGUUAAUGCAUGCAUAUAUAUACAUAGUGGUCUUAUUUAAAGUUUUUACGCACAUAUUUUGUGUCGUAACAUGAGAUAAUUAAUAGUCAAUUGCUAUAGCGCAGUGUAUCAUAUGGAAAAUGUCAUGAGGAAUCAUAAUCAUGUUGUACAAUGACAAAUGACACAUGCGCUAAUACACAAUUUAACGACUAGAUCAAUAGCGAGAUAAGUAGAAGAAGAAACAAUGUCAGUUCCUUCCUGCUCGAGUAAAGAGCCGGAUAAUGUAAACACUAAGGAGAAAAUGACGUACGAAAAAUGGGAACGUUUUAAUAAUUGGGUGCAUUGUAUAUGCAUUGUUACUUUUGAUCUUGAAUUGGGUCAAGCUAUAGAGGCAAUUUAUCCAAGUCAUAUUAAAUUAUCGGAGCAAGAGAGAUCAAAUGUCUGCUAUUUAGCCUUCCCCGAUUCCAAUUCUGGAUGCAUGGGAGAUACUCAGUAUCAUGUAAGAAUAAGACAAAGUAGCAAAAUGGUGCAGGAAACCACUGCGCUUAAGGAAUACGACAGAAAAUCACCUUCUUUUCUACAAACUGAUAGAGAUUAUUACUGGGGAUACGUAUAUUUUCGACAAGUAAAGGACAAGUCUUUGCCGAGGGGAUAUUUUCAAAAGAGUAUUGUUAUAAUUACAAAACUGCCGUUCGUCAAUCUGUUUGGUGAACUGUGCGCUCUAAUCGCGCCGGAAUUUUUCGAAGCCGGAACCGCGCUCAUGGAGGCUGUGGUACGCGAGAUUGAUCAAUGGCCUCCUCCAGUUCCAGGACAGACGGUUCAUUUACCUCUUAUUGGUGUGUUAUUCCAGACAUAUAUCCCAAAUCAAAAUUGUAAAGCCACCAUACCCUCAAUUGCUGCCAUGGAACACGCACCGAAUGUACACGCAACACGAAGACUGAUGUUGACGUCAGCCUACGAAGGCGACAUGUUUCGGAGUUUAGCCAGUGUUGUCAGUUAUGUGCAUUUAUUAUGGGAAUUGGUGCUUCUCAGCGAGCCGAUCGUUGUAAUGGCUAGCUCGCCCACCACGUGUUCCGAACUAGUUCAAGCGCUUAUAGCCAUGAUCGCGCCGUUAAAAUACUGCGCUGAUCAUCGCCCGUACUUCACCAUCCACGACUCGGAAUUUAAGGAAUACACCACAGACUCUCCGACACCGCCUGCUGUGAUUCUGGGCGUGACCAAUCCGUUCUUCGCCAAGACUCUGCAGCACUGGCCGCACAUCAUCCGAAUAAGCAACGGCAACAGCAGUGAAGAUCAAAAAUACAAGAUCAAGAGAUCUGAAAAUCUCAAAGUGCUGGACUCGAAACCUGGCGUUUAUACUCAAUACAAACCCUUCCUGCAGAAGGAUAAGACCAUCUUGAAGAAAUUGUUCAGAGGCAUUCAGACCAAGAGACCGGGCGAGGUGCAAACUGCGCUCUUGAAACGUCACUUGAUAGAGCUAACCGAGAGUUUCAUGAUUCCACUAGAGAGGUACAUCGCGACUCUCAUGCCGCUGCAAAAGAACAUAUCGCCUUUUAAGGCAACUCCUACACCACAAAUGUUCAAUCCAGAUGACUUCCUAGCUAGCUUAAGUAGCUCUGGUCCCCAGUUGACUACGGGUAUAAAGGGAGAUUGGGUGGGACUGUACAAACGAUUCUUUCGAUCGCCCAACUUCUCUGGAUGGUUCCACACUAGAUAUACAGAGUUGAGUCAACAGUUGCAAGCUAAACAAUUGGAGAAAUUGUCGCAAGCAGACUUGAAGACGUGGGUGCAGGGGAAACAGGAAGUGGAGGUGGUCGAUAUGAUUCUUAGGAUUCGUCAAAAGUUGGAGAGAAGCUGCAUCGAUGACGUACCAAUCGAUAACUCAGUAAGAGAGAGAUUACGAGAAAGAAUAAAUGACAUUACGCAUGUAUUGCCAGAAGAUUUGAAGAUUAUUUUGAAACGCGAAUCUUGACAGUACGAUUAUAUUAUCAAUAUCAAAACUCGCUAAUGUUACAUUUAGUUUCUACAUAAGCUGGGGUUACAUUUAAGUCAACUCAGAAGUGUAACAUAUGUAAGAUAAUUUCAAGAGUCCACCUCAUUUUUUCCUUUUUAUUAUGACGUAAACGAAUGGAUGAGACAGACAGUUACAGUUUAAUUGUUAUAGUUUGAGAAUUUAUACAAUGAAUUUUAUAUAAAACAAGAUAUUAUCACGUAUACAUACGUAUAUUUUGAGCUGCAACUUCAAAUACUCGCUGCAGACAGGUUGACGAAGUAAAUCCACUGUAUGCGUAACAGAAAUUAACCGCUCAAACAUCCUAGAUGCUUAAGUAUACUACUCAAGUACUCUCGAUCUCGCUUUUAUACUCUGAUAUACAUAGCGUUUCGUAAAUUUAUUUAAUAAUCUUACGUAUUUCGUCUCUUCUAUUUCGUUCGACCGACUGUAGCAGCUAUUUGUGAUUUUCUUUGUAAUGCCAACUUAAUCAGCAUAGCUUCCUUUUUCUAUUCGAUCAAAUCAUAUCGAUUAAUAAUUUUGUAUUAUUUUAAUUUAUAAUUUUUUUAUGAUUAUCAAAUACUGGGGCAAAUACUCUAUUUAGGGCAAUAAUAGGAAUCUCAUGAGUACAUGAAUUUCAACUCGAGUGGAAUGUAUGAGGAUCAGAAUGUUAAUCAAUGUAAAUACAUUUUUGAAAGAUCUGUAAAUAUUAUGGGAUACAAAUGAUGUGUAAUAAAAAUUUA